AUGGACAAUUACCAAAAUACUUUACACUAUGCGAAGCCUUUUUCUGUUUCAGAUUUCAAUCCUUCCGAAGAAUGCUCACCACAACAAUUCAAAUGUAACAAUAGCACUUGCAUUUCAUGGCUUUGGGUCUGCGAUAGUAUGGAGGAUUGCUCUGAAGGGGAAGACGAAGAUGGCUGCANGAACUCUACAACUAUAUGGACUAUUACCAAAAAUACUUUACACUAUACGAAGCCUUUUUCUGUUUCAGAUUUCAAUCCAUCUGAAGAAUGCUCACCCCAACAAUUCAAAUGUAACAAUGGUACUUGCAUUUCGCGGCUUUGGGUCUGCGAUAGUAUGGAGGAUUGUUCUGAGGGGGAAGACGAAGAUGGCUGCAGACCCAAUUCCUGUAAGGAUGGAGAGUUCCAAUGCAAGUCUGGAGGUUGCAUCCCAAAAGAGCAAGUUUGUGACGGUAGUUAUCAAUGCUUCGAUAAGUCUGAUGAAAGAAUUUGCUCACAAUCAGAAUGCGGAGGGUUUUAUUGCGGCAACAAAGAAUGUAUUCCUCAAAAAUUUAGGUGUGACGGAAAGGAGGCUUGCACAAACGGAAACGAUGAAGAAAACUGCGAGUGCGACGAGGAAACUCAGUUUAGAUGCGAUGAAAAUCGAUGCAUUCCUAAACGAUAUGUUUGCAAUCGUCAGAGGGACUGUUCAGAUGGAAGUGAUGAAGAUAACUGUGAACAAUCUGAAUGCGAAGGGUUUUAUUGCGGCAACAAACAAUGUGUUCCUCAAAUAUAUAGGUGUGACGGAAAGAAGGAUUGCAAGAAAGGAAAUGAUGAAGAAAACUGCGAAACUUAUGAGUGCGACGAGGAAACUCAUUUUAGAUGCGAUGAAAAUAAAUGCAUUCCUAAACAAUCUGUUUGCAAUCAUCAGAGGGACUGUUCAGAUGGAAGUGAUGAAGAAAAUUGUGAUCAUGUGAAAAAGGAUUCUGAUGAUAUCGACAGUAUUAUUGAUGAACUGGACGAUUCAACCUACCUUUCAGUAACUGAAAUCGAUAUUUAUUUCGAAGAAUUUAUUUAUUUUUAUUUUUUUGAUACAGAUUGUUCGUUUUUCCAAUUUCAAUGCGACGAUGGAAAUUGUAUCAGGUAUGAGCAUGUUUGCGACGGAGAGGAAGAUUGCGAAGAUAACAGUGACGAACGCGAUUGUCAUUCCAGAGUUUGUGCCGCAGAUCACCACUUUCGAUGUCGAAGCGGGCAAUGCAUCAUCUAUUCAUUCUACGUAUGUGAUGGAAUAUAUGACUGUGCAGAUGACAGUGACGAAAGCGAUUGCCUUGCAUGUGACUUAGAAACAGACUUCCGAUGUAGAAGCGGGCAAUGCAUCCCGAAAUCACAAGCAUGCGGUGGAAAUUAUGACUGUAGAGAUAAGAGUGACGAAUCAAAUUGCGAUUUCAUUCCAUCCGAAGAAUGCUCACCCCCACGAUUCAAAUGUAACAAUGGUACUUGCAUUUCGCAGCUUUGGGUCUGCGAUAGUAUGGAGGAUUGUUCUGAAGGGGAAGACGAAGAUGGCUGCAGACUCAAUUCUUGUGAGGAUGGAGAGUUCCAAUGCAAGUAUGGACAAUGCAUCCCAAAAGAGCACGUUUGUGACGGUAGUUAUGACUGCUUCGAAAUGUCUGAUGAAAGAAUUUGCUCGCAAUCCGAAUGCGGAGGGUUUUAUUGCGGCAACAAAGAAUGUAUUCCUCAAAUGUAUAGGUGUGACGGAAGGAAGGAUUGCAGAAACGGAAAUGAUGAAGAAAACUGUGAGGGCGACGAGGAAACUCAGUUCAGAUGCGAUGAAAAUAGAUUCAUUCCUGAACGAUAUGUUUGCAAUCGUCGGAGGGACUGUUCAGAUGGAAGUGAUGAAGAUAACUGUGCACAAUCCGAAUGCGGAGGGUUUUUUUGCGGCAACAAGCAAUGUAUUCCUCAAAAAUACAGAUGUGACGGAAAGGAGGAUUGCAAGAAAGGAAAUGAUGAAGAAAACUGCGAAACCUAUGAGUGCGACGAGGAAACUCAAUUUAGAUGCGAUGAACAUAAAUGCAUUCCUGAACGAUAUGUUUGCAAUCAUCAGAGGGACUGUUCAGAUGGAAGUGAUGAAGAUAACUGUGAUGAUGUGAAAAAGGAGUCUGAUGAUAGCGACAGUAUUAUUGAUGAAUUGGAAGAUUCAAGUGUGGUUUUUAAAGAGUUUUUUCUGAACAUUUUCAAGCGAAUUUCAACCAAAUCUUAAUACUUCAAAUUCAAAAUUCUCAAAAUGUUUUAUUCUUUUUAAUUUCAAUAUUUAUUGCUGUUGAUGCUUAAUCAAAUGAAUUUUUUAUGUAUUUGAAUUUAAAUAAAUAAAAGGUUGUCUAAUUGAGCGAAUAUUUCAAUAUUUAGCUCAAAUCGACCACUCUUCAAUGCUUCCACUAAAAA